GCACUUCACCUUGUUCUCCUCUGGCGUGUGCAGUGCAGUCACAGCUUCAAGCUUGAACAACAACACCUAAUUUCCACUCACCGCGUGUUCGUGGAGCCAUAGCACAGUCUUGCUCGGCUACUUCCUCCACUAAGUUGUUUCAACUGGCGUUGAAAUGCGUCGGGCGGACUAACUUUGAACUUUCAAUCGGUGCGUUCGUGUGAGAAGGAGAAGUAAGAGGAGGAGGUGGACCCGCGCUCACUCGAGCCUCGCUCACUCACCCACUCGCUCGCUCCCUGCCAGUCUUUUGUAUCCAGCAGCUGCGUGUACAUGCUCGGCCACAGGCGUUCCAUGAGGGGCACCUUCUUACAGCCUUCCUGCAGGGAUUCCUUGCGCGUCGAAGAGGGAUAACCCAAACUUCCACUACUACUACUGCUUGUACUGCUACCACCGCCGCCACCGCCACCACCACCAGGCUCCGCGGUGCGCUUUGGAUUGUAAAGUCGCGAAAAGCACCCCGUACCCCGGUGCGCCACAGCCGCGCGACCCCACCUACUGGUUUUUUUUUUUGCCAUGGAUGUAGGUUUUUACCCCAACGCCGGUGGAAAUGCUAUUCCCGGAGAAUCGCCGAACCUGGAUUUCUCUCACUGUUUGGGAUACUACAACUUCAACAAGUUCCAGAACAACAACAACUACAUGAACAUGUCAGAAGCGAACACCGCCCUGCUGACUGCUGGUGAUACCUUUCACACACCCAGUCUGGGGGACGAGGAGUUUGAGAUUCCUCCCAUCACACCUCCACCGGAAAUGGAGUCCGGCCUUGGCCUGUCUGACGGUGAUUCUCCUUUCCAUACCAUGCCGGAGCCUCCGGCCCACCACAGGGGCUCCCUGAUCCCUCAGUUUCCCCCUCAGAGCUUGGAUCUGCCCUCCAUCACCAUCUCACGCAACAUGAUGGAGCAGGAAGGGAUGGGGAUCAGCAACAGCCAACCGAUGAAUGUUGGACCAGCCCAUCUCCGCCACUACGCGGCUAACCCAGCCAUGCUGAUGAAGUCCAUCGCCAAUAUGAGCGGCCCCAACGGCAUGAUCUCGCGGAAUCAGCUGACCACCAUCAACCAGUCACACCUCAACACACAAUUGAACCUGAACAUGGGCGGACCCAGCAUUGUCCACACUUCGCCGUCGCCACCGGCCAGCAAGUCCGCUACACCGUCACCCUCCAGCUCCAUUAACGAAGAUGACCAAGACGACAGCAACAGGGUGGUCGGCGAAAAGCGACCGGCACCCGUCGAUCCCACUAAAAAGCCCAAGACGCCCAAAAAGAAAAAGAAGAAGGAUCCCAACGAGCCUCAGAAGCCGGUGUCGGCUUACGCUCUAUUCUUCCGAGACACGCAGGCCGCCAUCAAGGGUCAGAACCCCAACGCCACCUUUGGCGAAGUAUCCAAGAUCGUAGCGUCCAUGUGGGACGGUCUUGGGGAGGAGCAAAAACAGGUGUACAAAAGCAAAACAGAAGCUGCCAAGAAGGAGUACUUGAAGGCCCUGGCAGCAUAUCGCGCUAGUCUGGUCUCCAAGGCUGCGGCGGAAUCCGCAGAGGCGCAGACGAUCCGGUCUGUGCAGCAGACCCUGGCCUCCACCAGCCUCUCUCCGGGCCUGGUAAUGCCCUCGCCUCUCAAUCAGCACCCCUCCAUGCCUUCGGCCUCCCAGGCCCUCCAGCAAGCCCUACCCCGAGCCAUCGCCCCCAAACCCCUACAGAUGAGACAAGGAGGCAGUCAAAUCGUCACCUCAGUCACUGUUUCCCACCAGAACAUGUCCCCGGGGAUGCCCCAAAUGCUCGGCCAGAUGGGCUCCGCCGUGACCAUGCCGCAUCCUCCACCCGUGUCGCAGAUGAGCCCGCCCAUGCAACAUCAGCAGCAGCAUACCAUGCAGCAGCAAAUGCAGCAGCACCUCCAGCACCACCAGAUGCAGCAGCAGCAGAUGCACCACCAACAGAUCCAGCAGCAGAUGCAGCAUCAGCACUUCCAGCACCACCUCCAGCAGCAGCUCCAACAGCACCACAUCCACCACCAACAACAACAACAGCAGCAGCAGCACUUGCAAAUGCAGCACAUGCAAAUGCAGCAGCAAAUGCAUCAGCAGCAAAUCCAACAUCUCCAACAACACCAGUCCCAGUGUUCCCCACCGCAGCACUCGCCCAGUACGCCCCUUUCUGUGGGCUCUGCGUCACUCGGCAGCCCCCAGCCGGCCCCCCAGCAGCAGAACCCUCCACCGCCGCAACACCCCUCUCAGAUCCAGACCCACGCCCAGGUCCUUUCCCAAGUCAGUAUUUUCUGAGCCAAAAUCCUCCAAGGACAUUAGAAUAAAAACAUCAGUCCUUGUUGCUUUUCAGCGUUGCACUUAACAAGUGUGUCACGUUUUAGAAUGUUAUACCAAGAAGAACUUAUGUCCAUUGGUAUAGGCAGAUAUGCACUUGCAUGUAAACGUGAGGCCAAUGGGGGAGAGGGGUUAAUAGGGUGUUGUCCAAGGGCAUUUACAGAUACUCCCUAACUUACAAACAAGUUACGUUCGAGUUCAUAAAUUGGAAUUUUGCCAUUUUUCAAUUGUUACUAUGUAUUCCUUAGCUUACCUUGUUCAUUGAAAACAAAGUCAAUACAAUCUCAGGAGUGUGUGGUUCUUAAUACUACAACACAUUUUGAUAUCAAAUACAAUACCUUGACUUACGAGUUGAAGUUGUUCAAUGACUCGGCUCGUAACUCAGUUUAAUCGUGUCUCCAAUUGUGAGUCGCAGGAUGCUGGGCAGAUGUGGCAUUCACGUAUCUUGUUCGUACUUCAAAUUUUGUCGCGCAACACUGAGCAAAAUAAUUGACUGAGCGAUGACUCAAAGUUUGGACAACUCGUAGAUUGAUGGACUCGUAAGUCAAGGUACCACACCAUGCACUGUUAUAAAAUCGUCUUACCUUUGAUGUGACUACUGGGGGAGAGUGUUGGCAACUUCAUACUCUUUGUCAUCCAGCGUUUAGUCAGUCAGGGUUUCUUCAGUGUGGGUUUCUUUAACAGCCGAGGUUUUUCUUUAGGUCGACCGGACUAUACAGAAGAAUUUAUCCAAGGCAGUUUGCACCAUUUUUCUCUUUUUCCCGUCGUAAAUACAUUAGUUGUUACAGUCAUGAACACUAGUUGAAACCUUUGAGAAUCUUUCAGUGUUGGAGUCCUGAAGCGCAAACGUACGGAGAUAAGUCUGUAAGACAAAUAUCAUUCUUAUCUCAAACUUCUUGGAUGGAACACGUUCCUCUUCUUCAUGCUCUUCAUUUAAUUGCAUCUUUUACAAUAGAGCUGGGUGCUGCUCAGCAUGGGUUGGGGCAAAACGUGGUACACUUAAGGUACGCAACUCAAAAUUUAGACUUGCAGUAUAUAGUAGUGUGUUUGUAUAUAUAUAUAUAUAUAUAUAUAUAUAUAUAUAUAUAUAUAUAUAAUUUUAUUUUUUUUAACUAACACAGAAGUUUUUGGAUGUCCGUAAUGUAUAUUAAGUUUGAUGUUCGUAAGUAAGGGAGUGUCUGUACUCGUUUGUUUGUGACAUUUUAAAUUUGUCAACGGGUACGCCUGCGUCUGUCACUGUUUUUAUUUAACUCUGAAGCUUUAUUUAUGAGGACCAGAGGUGACAACAAAGGGACAAAUGGGAGAGGCUCAUUCCAAUUGGACUGGUCCAGGUUGGGGGAGGACAUUUUAAGACCGAAAAGAUCAUUUUUGUGUCACCAUGUUGUCCAAGUGUACCUGUUAUCUGCUGUAAGUGUUUUUGUAGAGGCGGGGCUGGUAGUGCCCCACCACACCCUCAAAAUGUCCUCCAUUAUUACUUUUAACAUCAGUUGUUUAAACAAUUAAAUUAUGUUUUUGUUUUAUUGGCUAACAAAAAAGGGGAUAUUUUAUGAUCCAUCUCUCAACGUGGACACUUUCGAGGUGAGUGAUGUAUUUUUGCUGUGAAAAAACAAAUAAAUGAAUAAUAAAAAGAAAGCAGAGCCAGUCUGCUGUUGCACUGCCAAAGCCAACUGAAAAUCAAUGAAAGAUUUAUAAAAGGCAUUGGAAGUAUUUUUGCCAGCUGUACAGUAGACCCUAAAGUAAGUUACAAACACACACAAAAAAAAAAGAAAGAAAAUGUUGUACAUUUUUCAUAUCACUUGUAAAGUUUUAAUAUGUGAGGCUUUAAUGAAAACAUUGUUCAAAUGGCCUGUGGAUUGCUAUAUCACAUAAUGCAUUUUCUGCUCUUUUUCUACUUUUUUUUAUGAGUUACAAUAGCAGCAGUCAGUCUUUCUUUGUACCUUCGCUUUGCCAUUCAAGUAGACAAGUCAUCAAAGCAUCCAGAGACAUUCCAUCACAUCUAAUAUGACAGUAGCCAUAAUUUUUUGUAUGAAGUAUUAUAUAUUUCUGUGUGUUCAAAAUUAAACUAUCAAUCGCAAAUAUUUAUUUGAAGGGAUCCCUUUUGUUUCAGGAGCUAUUAUACCUUUUAUCUUAUUGUUAGCUACUGAAAAUAAACACUGAUGAAAUGAAUGAAACCCAAAUGUGUUUGUUUGACCCAUUUUCAAAUGUUUGCGAUAAAUGGCCAAACAACAGUUUAUUCAUGUUUUCAGUUGAAAACCUUCCUGAAGACAUCAUAUUGCAAAGUACUAGGUACUACUUCUCUUCCCUCACCACCAAAAAUCACGGCUUAUGUACCUUGCUUUUAAGUCAUGGUUCAGUCCAUAUUGGGUACAGUAAGGGAACUAAAUAAAGACAAAAAUGCAUACAGUAUAUUUUAUUUAAUAACAAUAUUUAACAAUAUAGAGAAUAAUCUUUUCUUUUUAGGAAAGUGUAAAGUCAGCAGUAUGUCAUCUUUUUUGGGAAAUGAAAAGUGCAGACAAGUGCAGAGCAUCUCACCACCAGCUAUGAUGUCCCUAACCUGAGGCUGAGCUCCACUGUGUUGGUGAACGACAUCAACAUGACAUUAGAGAGCGAGGCAGUCGCACUUCCAUUCCCUUACUUAAUAGAUGUUACGUGGGGGAACUCAGUCUGAACCAUACAAGAAAAAUCGGACUAAGACUAAAUCUGCCGUUAAACGGCUGUAAUGUUUGCUUUAUAACAACAGUUUAUCUUAGACAGAAGCAAAAACUUUCUAAAUGUUUUGGUCUCCCGCUAAAUACUGUUGUCAGGUAAUACCAGAAAAAAAAAUGCAUUUUAUCUCUGUAUUCACCAGGGAUUUGGAGGGCGGUUUGUUUGAAAAAUUCCAUGCGUGCCCAGGCGAGUAGUUGGCAAUGACACUUUGUAAAUAAACUCUACCCGUGUGGUCAACAACUGCUUUUGCUCUCAAGUUCAUACAAAAGCAUAUUUUUCAUAAUCUUGAUGUUGAUUUCAAUAUGAAGUACUCAGGAAUGCGCACAUCUUUUGUUUUUUAAAAAGUACUAUAAAUAAAAUCACCUUCAACAGCCUUAAGUUCAAAGAAAUAUUGGUCUGACUGUAUUUGAUGAGGGCGGCACGGUGGACGACUGGUUAGCACAUCCGUCUCACAGUUCUGAGGACCCCACCUUUUGCCCAGAGUUAGCUGGGAUAGGCUCCAGCACACCCGCGACCCUAGUUAGGAUAAGCGGUAUGGAAGAUUAAUGAAUGUAUUUGAUGAAUUCCGAGCAGUGCAUAUAGGAAAGUAUGAAUAUUAUCGACAUUAGGAUCAAACUGUUGACCUCUAAUUUUAAUACUCUACUUGCUGUUGCUUGUUGAGUUGAGUGUUACAUACUCGCAUAUCAUUGGCAUGCAAAGGGGGUAGCGGACGGAGCGGUGGCCCCAGGUAUCCACGUUGGGGGGGAAUCCAAACUGGUUCGGGUGGGCAUCCAAGCAACACAACCCCAGUCAACGAUCGGUUUUCAAGGGAUAAAAACUUCAAUCAGCAUUUGAGAGGCUCUCUCUCCUAAAUGUUCACCUAUUGCGGGUGGAGCUGGAACGUAUCCCCACGAUAAAGUUUUUCACUGUAUUUUUACAGUCUUCAAUAGUCUUGUGAAAAACAUU